AAACAAUUUCGAAAAAGGAAAAAGCCUACAUACCCACAAUAGAAAAUACACAAAAUAUCACAAUUAAUUGGUAAUAUAUUUGAAGAAUGGUCGUUUAGAUUUGAUUGUUUGAUUAGACACACGAUCACAUUCGUUUAGAUUUGACUAUUUUUGGUAUGGAGUCGUUUACAUCGCUGAAUCUAAUAUCUCAACCAUUUUUUAUAUUUUGAGAGGAAAGAAUAUUGAAAGGAAGACAGGCGAAAAUAUUUUUUAAAAAAUACAAAAGAACAUAAAAGCAUGGUUGAAAGAAGAAAAUGGAAAAGUUUAGAGAAAAUAGAGAAUAGAGAAAAGCGGAUGAUAAGAAAGAUUAUUUUGAAAAAAAUUAUAAGUUUCGUAAAUUUUUUCAUUUUGUUACCCAAAUGCUAAAUUUUUAGACGAUAUGUUAUAUUUAUGAAAAUUUGUGGAUGAAAAUAAGAUAUAUGAUUUUGUUAGGAAUAAAUUGGUAGAUUACAAUAAUUCAAAAUGAAACAAAAAUGGAGGAGACAAAGGUGAGAGAAGGAAAAAAAAUUGAAAAAGAUAACAAAACCAAAAACAGAAAUAGAAAAAGAGGAAGAGACAAAAUAAUUAAAUAAUUAUUUUACAAAAUAAUUAAAUAAUAAUGAAAUAUCAAUGUUUAAAAUAUAAUUUUCGCGCAAAGCUCACGAUAGAGCAAAUCUCGGUGUAUCAUUGCCCACUCCAACUCAGGAGCACUGCCACCGCCUUCGCCACCGCCAAAAUUCUGACGAAACCCGUCGGAAAUGGAGAAGGCAAUGGCCAACGGAGGUGGAGGAAGAAUCAAACAGAAUCAUGUAAUCGUGUUCCCUUUCCCAAGGCACGGCCACAUGAGUCCAAUGCUCCAAUUCUCGAAGCGAUUAAUCUCCAAAGGCCUUCUUCUCACAUUCCUCGUCACUUCCUCUGCAUCUCAAUCCCUAACUAUCAACAUCCCUCCCUCUCCUUCUUUUCACAUCAAAAUCAUCUCCGAUCUCCCUGAAUCCGACGACGUCGCCACUUUCGACGCCUAUAUCCGGAGCUUCCAAGCCGCCGUCACCAAAUCCUUAUCCAACUUCAUCGACGAAGCCUUAAUUUCAAGUUCUUAUGAAGAAGUUUCUCCUACUCUUAUCGUUUAUGAUUCUAUUAUGCCCUGGGUGCAUAGUGUCGCUGCAGAGCGAGGUCUGGAUUCGGCUCCGUUUUUCACUGAAUCGGCUGCCGUUAAUCAUUUACUCCAUCUUGUCUAUGGAGGAUCUUUGAGUAUUCCGGCGCCGGAGAAUGUGGUGGUUUCGCUUCCGUCGGAGAUUGUUCUUCAGCCGGGAGAUCUGCCGUCGUUCCCGGAUGAUCCUGAAGUGGUUUUGGAUUUCAUGAUCAAUCAGUUCUCACAUUUGGAGAAUGUAAAGUGGAUUUUCAUCAACACUUUUGAUCGCCUCGAGUCCAAGGUUGUUAAUUGGAUGGCCAAAACAUUACCUAUCAAGACAGUAGGACCAACCAUUCCAUCCGCGUAUCUUGAUGGUCGAUUGGAGAAUGACAAAGCCUACGGUUUGAAUGUCUCAAAAUCCAACAAUGGGAAGAGUCCUAUCAAAUGGUUAGACUCAAAAGAAACUGCCUCAGUUAUUUAUAUUUCAUUUGGAAGUUUGGUUAUGUUAUCAGAAGAACAAGUAAAAGAACUGACAAAUUUACUUAGAGACACUGAUUUUUCCUUCUUAUGGGUUCUAAGAGAAUCAGAGUUGGUAAAGCUUCCUAACAACUUUGUACAAGACACAUCAGAUCAUGGCCUAAUUGUGAACUGGUGUUGUCAACUACAAGUUCUUUCUCAUAAGGCUGUUAGUUGUUUUGUGACUCAUUGUGGUUGGAACUCGACACUUGAAGCAUUGAGCUUGGGGGUGCCGAUGGUUGCAAUCCCGCAGUGGGUCGAUCAAACAACGAAUGCUAAGUUUGUUGCAGAUGUUUGGAGAGUUGGAGUUCGAGUGAAGAAAAAUGAGAAAGGUGUUGCUAUAAAGGAAGAACUAGAAGCCUCCAUACGAAAGAUUGUUGUUCAAGGAAAUAGGCCAAAUGAGUUUAAACAGAACUCAAUCAAGUGGAAGAAUUUGGCUAAAGAAGCUGUGGAUGAAAGAGGCAGUUCUGAUAAAAACAUUGAAGAAUUUGUCCAAGCACUUGCUGCAUCAAACUAGGUAUAACAUUCCAAUAAUAUUUAUUCUCACCAUAGUUUGUCUUCUCAAUUACGUAGCAAACGAAUAAAAUUCAUGUAGUAUCUGUUUAGAAUGUGUCAGAUGAUAGAUUAUGCAAUUCACAUUGACCUAUAAGAAGUUUUUGAGUCGAUUUAGCAUAGUAUCAGAGCAAAUGAUUUAGGUAAUCAUAUGUUCAAAUCUUGGUAA